UUCCGCACUAAAAUGAAUCCACCGCCUUCCCGUGGGCGCGCCCCCUCCCGCUUCGUGCGUGGGCGUGGCCGUGGAGGCGGGGCCUACCGCCCGUACUUCUACUUCCGGCGCAAUGGACGCGUGAUUCCCGCCCGCGGCAAUCGGCCACCAAAUCAGGAGGAAUCUGGAGCCAGAGGAACUGCAGCAGCCGAUCCCCCAGCAAACCGGCAGCCCAGAGGCUGGGGUCGCACCGCCAGCAAGCGGGGAAGAGAUAACCACAUGGACUGCAGCUUCCUGCGGCCCGAGAACUACGCUGCUCCCGAGGAUGGCCUGCAGGUGCAGAGCAUCGCGGUGGACAAUCCGCGCGGGUAUCCCGGCUGGCGGCUGUACUUCCUGCGGGAGAACUACGAGGAGGGCAACGAGCUGGCCUUCAGGAUAAUGGCCGUGCAGGCGCACUAUCAGCGCAAUCCGCAUAAUUACGACUUUCUGAUGAUCCGCGAUCGGGGAUUCUUUGUCCUGACCGCUUUGGCCAUUCUAUCGGAUGCCCAGCUGCUGGAGGUUUGGCCUGGUCUUUUGGAGGACCUAAGGGAGCACCCCCUGCGCACCAUGGCCACCCUUUCGCUGGCCAUGCACACGGUGGUGGUGAAUCACCUGCUGGAUGGCAAUGAUUCCUCGUCGAUUGAAGUAUCUACUCCGGAUAAGUACGUUCCAGCGGCGGGAAGGCUGCGCAAGAUCUACGUGCGACCAGAGGACUUUCUACCUGUUGUUUCUAUAGAUGGGAUAAGUCACUCCCGCGUGGACACGCUGCUGGCCAUCCGAGGAACUGUGAGCAGCGUGGGCGAGCCCAGUUAUAGCCUCACCUGGCAGGCCUUCCGCUGCAGCCGCUGCCACAUGGAGAUGGCCAUGCGCCAGCGCGGAACCUUCCAGCCGCGUCCCUACCAAUGCAAGCGAUCCGAGUGCGUGGCUCGCGAGGAGUUUCUACCUCUCCGGAGCUCUCCAUACACGCGGCUCUCCAUCAGACAGAUCAUCCGCCUGGAGGAGACGAGCCUAACUGCCAUUCACGACUUCGAGAGCAGCCUGCCGGGUGAAAUGGAUGUGGAACUGCGUCAUGAUCUGGUGGAUGCAGUGCGUGUGGGCCAGGAGAUCAUGGUAACUGGAGUGCUGAAGCUGCAGGAACUGGGCGAAGAUGCAGAAGCCUCCAGCUCCAAGCAGAUGCAGGCCUACCUAAAAGCGGUGAGCAUUCGGGAUGCCUCCUCCCUCAAGCGGGAGUUCAGCGAGCGGGACUUAGAAGCCAUUGCGAUGAUCAACGGGGAGCAGAAUAGCUUCAAGCUCCUCGUGCAGUCCAUUGCCCCGGAGGUUUAUGGACAUGAGCUGCCCAAGGCCGCCUGUUUGCUCUCCCUGCUCGGCGGGCCAUCCAUCAAUGUGCUCCUUGUGGGCGAUCCCGGCAUUGGCAAGACCAAGAUCCUGCAGAGCUGCGCUCAGAUCACGGAACGCGGUGCCCAUGUGAGCGGAAAGCGGGGAGCCCAGCAGCUGGGAGUCACCUUCGCUGGGAGAAAUAAGCGUGUGCUGCAAGCAGGCGCCUUGAUGGCCGCCAGUGGAGGCGGCCACUGCACCUUGGACGAUGUGGAUAGGUUGGCCUCCAAGCAGGCGAUACUCCUGCAGUGUCUGCAGUCGGGGGAGGUCAAUGUGCCUCUCCCGGGCGCCUUUGCCUCCUUUCCCGCGAAACCUUCUGUGAUUGCCUGCGCAAAUCCUCAAAGAGGACAAUACGACGAGGGACGCUACCUGCUGCAGAAUAUCAACAUUUCGCCUGCCCUGCUAAGGGAGUUCCACCUGGUCUACGUGCUGUUAGACAAACCAUCCGAGCGCGACAUGUCCCUGACUGCCCAUGUGAGAGCGCUUCAUGCGGGAGCCAAAAAGCGGGCCAAGAUCGCAGCUCGCUAUGCUAUGAAACCCAAGAUGAGCGACUCCAUGUGCGAGGCCACCUUUCGCUUUCCAGAGGCCUCGCGGGAUGAGUCGUUGAAAACGGAGGACGACAACGACAGCGUGAUGCAGCAGGAUUACGAUCUGGACAAGCGGCUGGAGCUGCUGGCCGAGGAGGGCGACCUGGAUCUGCUGCCACCGAUUUUAAUCAAGAAGUUUUUGGCCUACGCGCGGCAGGAAGUGAAUCCUUUGCUCAACGAGGAGGCAGGCAAUGCCAUCCUGCGGUUCUUCCAGGAGCUCCAGGGCAGCAAUGGCCAGGAUGAAGGCGACUCCAGCCAGAUUGGAGCAGGCCAACUCCUUGGGCUGAUUCACCUGUCGCAGGCACGUGCUCGUCUGGAUUUGUCCCACGUGGUCUGCACCCAACACGUGCGCGAUGUGAUCGCCCUGCUCACCGAGAGCAUCACCCAGACCAGCCUCAAGAUGGAUUCCAUUGGAUCCGGAACUCGAGGAGGUGGUGGCGGCGGUGGUGGAAAGACUGCCCAACUGCGCAACUUUGUGCAAUUGGCGCAAAAACGCUCGGCGGCAUUGGGACGUCGCAUCUUCGACCUGGAGGAGCUGAAGGAGAUCGCAACGCGGGCUGGCAUCUUGACCGGCUUUAGCCAGCUGGUGGAAAUGGCCAGCUUGGGCGGCUAUUUGCUCAUGAAGGGCGCAAACAUGUACGAAGUGGUUCCGGACUAGGCAAAUGACAAAUGAACGGGUAAAUAUUUGCCAAGCGUCUGUGGUUUUCUUUCCUGUUAACUAGAAGUUAAGUGGUGACUUAAAAAUGAGCCAAAAAAUAAUUAUAAAUAACUAUUAC